AUGAUUUUCCAAGAUAACAAUAGAGAGGCAAGCAUUCAUUAUCUAAAAAUAAUAAAGACUCUUUCCUGGGAUAUUGAACAUUUACACCAAAAUAUGAUUAUUUAG